AUGUGCGGCGGUGCGAUCCUUGCCGAGCUCAUUCCCACCGGGCCGUUCGUAGAGGAGGACAUGAUGGUGGUACACAAGGAGGUGGCUGAGAGCACGCCGUUCGCGUUCCGCGCCUCCUCCAACAACAAGAAUCCGUCCGCUGAAGGAAGCCGACGCCGUACAGGGGCGUGCGGCGCAGGGAUCCGCGACCCCGUCAAGGGCGUCCGCGUCUGGAUCGGCACCUUCCCCUCCAUCCUCGACUACGACGACGCCAUGCGCCAUCUGCGGCGCCAGGGCCAGGCUCAACUUCCCCUCCGCGACUGCCGCUCCUAG